AUGGGGGAACCCAACUCUAGCAAUGCCUAUGGGGCUGCCUCUCCCUCUUAUAAAGGAGUCCGAAAGAGAAAAUCGGGCAAAUGGGUGUGCGAAAUUCGCGUGCUGGGAACCAAAACCCGAAUCUGGCUAGGCAGCUUCGAGACCCCAGAGAUGGCAGCAGCAGCCUACGAUGUUGCUGCAUUACAUUUUCGGGGACUUGAGGCGAGUCUCAACUUUCCACAACUUGUGAGUAGCAUGCCUCGCCCCGCAAGCUCGAAUGCAGAGGACAUACGCAUGGCAGCACAUGAAGCAGCCUUGAGGCUGAGAAGUAGUCCCGCUGCUGAAGCUCAUGAGACUGGGAGCUCCAGCUCGAACGUGGGGCCCAUAACGGUGAGGCUUUCGCCGAAUCAAAUUCAAGCCAUUAACGAGUCACCCUUGGACUCGCCCAAGAUGUGGAUGCAAAUGUCUGAGUCUAUGAUGUUCUCUAGUGCCUUCGAGGAUCAGUUGGAGGGUUUGCAAAAUGAUUCUCUUUGGGAUCCUUCCGUAACGUCUACGUAA